AUGGACUCUUCCUUGAUGCUGACGCUGUGCCAAGGUCGUGCAUCAGAACACAAGCACAGGUUCUCUGAUGGACUCGCCUGGCACCCGGGCGGUGAGCUCACCCUGCCAAAAAGCCCUGUGCGUCCUUCCGGUGACAGCAGUGUUUUUGCCACAGGCCAGAUCUUGGCCAUCAUAUCAAUCCUCUUCAUCGUGCUGUCCACCAUCGCUCUGUCUCUCAACACUUUACCGGAUCUACAAGUCUUGGACGAAUUCGGUCAGGCCAACGACAACCCGCAGCUUGCCCACGUGGAGGCCGUGUGCAUCGCCUGGUUCACGAUGGAAUACCUCCUCCGCUUCCUGUCCUCUCCCAACAAGUGGAAGUUCUUCAAGGGCCCACUCAACGUCAUUGACCUGCUCGCCAUCUUGCCGUACUACGUGACCAUCUUUCUGACUGAGUCCAACAAAAGCGUGCUGCAGUUCCAGAACGUGCGGCGCGUGGUGCAGAUUUUCCGCAUCAUGAGAAUAUUGAGGAUCUUGAAGCUGGCCAGGCACUCCACAGGGCUCCAAUCUCUGGGUUUCACUUUGCGAAGGAGCUACAACGAACUUGGUUUACUUAUUCUAUUUCUCGCAAUGGGCAUUAUGAUCUUCUCCAGCUUGGUGUUUUUUGCCGAGAAAGACGAAGACGCCACAAAGUUCACCAGUAUUCCUGCGUCUUUCUGGUGGGCCACUAUUACGAUGACUACCGUUGGCUAUGGUGACAUUUACCCGCAGACUUUGCUUGGUAAAAUUGUUGGAGGGCUCUGCUGUAUUGCAGGAGUGCUGGUAAUAGCCCUACCAAUCCCUAUUAUUGUCAACAACUUCUCUGAGUUUUACAAAGAGCAAAAGAGACAGGAAAAAGCCAUUAAGAGGAGAGAGGCGCUCGAAAGGGCAAAGCGGAAUGGAAGUAUCGUAUCCAUGAAUCUCAAAGAUGCUUUUGCUCGCAGUUUGGAGCUCAUAGACGUAGUGGUCGAGAAGGGGGAAGAAAAAACCUUUGAUAACCACUUGUCGCCAAGUCGCUGGGGCUCAACAAAGGAUGGGUCAUCAGAGACUAGUCUAAAGUCCCCAGACAAGAGAAUCCCAGAGUCCUCCCCCAAUCGAAUAGCUAUUGUCACAUCAGGAAGUCCGCAACACCGACACACUACACCACAACAUCUAAACGCUCAGAGUUUAGAAGAUAUGUACAAUCAGAUGACAAAAUCGCAAUCCCUCAACAAUUUAAAUACUGCAAGUUCAAUAAGCACCAUGAGCACAACUAUGACCGGGGUUGGUUCACCAAAGAAAACCCUAAGUCCAGACUUCACUUUGAAGGAGGAGGUGGAAUUGGAGAUGACGGAAGUGCAAGAAGCUGGCUGUUCUGAGGAUGGCGUUGGUCCUUGCCAAUAUCUUCCAAAGCCUCCAUUUUUAGAUCUUGAUAACCUGGAGACCGCAGGAAACCUGUAUCCCUCUGAGCUCCACAUAGAUGAAGAUGGGACUUUCAAUAGCGCCAUGGAAACAAUCUCACCACAAGGGAACAAUCCUUUGAAGAUAAAGGGUUUAACGGGAAACAGAAACUCAGCAGAAGGUCCACUGACACCCCCAAGCACUACCUCUCCUGGAGACAUCAGCUCCAGCAUCAUUGAAGAUGAAUCGCCCGAUGGAGAGCUGUCCCCUCUCAUACCGUGUUCGGAUGAGCUUGUUCCCAUCGCGGAGGAGGAAUCAUUAUCCCCAAAGCUGGUGAUGGACACCCCGCCUGGAGAUGAGGAUCCCACAGCAGAGGAUCAUCUCAUGGAGGUGGCAGGUGCUGUGGUUGGGCCUCUGUCACCAAAGAUGGCGGCGCAAAACUGCACCCAAGGCGUAGUUGGGGCCAGCGGGGAGUCCGAUAGCAACCAAAGUGGACACAACAAAGUCGAGAACCACAUGUUUACAACGGAAAUCCAUCUGAUACCAGGAGAUGGCAGUCUUUCUCCGACCUGUGAAACCAGCAUGUGA